AGUAAUCAGUCGCCCCCUUAACCCUUUACCUUUAUUGCCCUCUCUUUUUGCUCUCCUCAUAUUCGAUUUUCCCCAAAAACUGCCUCCCUCUUUUCUUCGCUCUGCAGAAUCCGCUAGGGAGUAGUUGUCUUUGGCUCCUCACCAGAAACCCCUUUUUCUAGGGCAUUCUCCGUUCCCAAAGCGCCACUUUUUUCCAUCCGCACCGGCAUAUAUCAAACAGUUAAACCGCAUUUGGAACGAAAAACUAACAAACUUUUCUGGUGGGUUUUGUUUUCGAGCAAAAAAUUCCACCGAUGAUGCAAUCCAUUUCUCCCUCUCCCAACCAUCAUUUCUGAUGAAUAUUCCCAUUUUCAUCAGUCAAUGGCGUCUUCUUCACCUUUUGACAUGUCUGUACUUCCUUUCACUUUACUCUUAGUGGUGACACUAAUAGUAGGCUUGCUUCCGAUUCCUAGCUGCGGUUAUGGUACUUUAGUCCAGGACGGUGGCGGAGACGCCGAUUUUGACUUAGAUGACGACUCCGGCGACUUCGAUUCAUUCUUGUUUCACCGGGAUUACUCACCUCCGGCGCCACCGCCACCGCCUCCUCAUCCGCCGUCGGUGACUUGCGAAGCUGAUCUCGGAGGAGUUGGUUCGUUAGAUACUACUUGCAAUAUAGUUUCUAGUUUGAAUAUCAGUGAUAACGUGUAUAUACAAGGGAAGGGGAAUUUUAAUAUUCUUCCCAAUAUUACGGUUAAUUGCAUGUUUCCGGGUUGCGAGCUAGUGAUAAAUGUCUCUGGGAACUUUACUUUGGGUCAGAAUUCGACUAUUUUUGCUGGAACUUUUGAUUUGACGGCAGAUAAUGCUACUUUUUCGAAUGGGUCAGUUGUGAAUACUACUGGUUUAGCCGGUGAUCCUCCUCCCCAGACGAGCGGGACACCCCAGGGGGUGGAUGGUGCUGGUGGGGGUUAUGGGGGACGAGGUGCGGCUUGUUUGUUGGACCAGGAGAAGCUUCCAGAUGAUGUAUGGGGUGGGGAUGCAUAUGGGUGGUCAUAUUUGCAGGAUCCUUGUAGCUAUGGGAGUAAAGGUGGGACAACAAACAGGGAGGUGGAUUAUGGUGGGGGUGGAGGUGGGAUAAUUCAAAUGAAAGUGCUUAAGCUUUUGGAAGUUAAUGGGAGCUUGCUCGCUGACGGUGGUGAUGGAGGAAGCAAAGGAGGAGGCGGGUCAGGUGGUAGCAUCUACAUCAAGGCCUUUAAGAUGAUUGGGAGUGGUUAUAUCAGUGCAUGUGGAGGUAAUGGCUUUGCUGGUGGAGGUGGCGGAAGAGUAUCUGUUGAUGUUUUUAGCCACCAUGAGGAUCCGGAAAUUUUUGCAUAUGGAGGAAGCAGUCGUGGCUGCCAAGAAAACGCUGGUGCAGCGGGGAGCAUUUAUGAUGCUGUUCCGCGCAGUCUUACUAUUGACAAUUACAACAAAUCUACAGAUACAGACACACUUCUUUUGGACUUUCCUCAACCAUUUUUGACAAAUAUCUACAUCCAAAAUCAGGCCAAGGCCUCUGUUCCCUUGCUUUGGAGUCGUGUUCAGGUCCAAGGGCAAAUUAGCCUCUUGUCUGGUGGAGAACUGAGCUUUGGAUUGGCACAUUAUUCUAUGUCAGAAUUUGAAAUAUUGGCCGAAGAACUGUUAAUGAGUGAUUCUGUUAUUAAGGUUUUUGGGGCUCUCCGUAUGUCUGUUAAAAUGUUUCUGAUGUGGAAUUCGAGAAUGCUAAUUGAUGGUGAAGGAGAUGAAAAUGUUGAAACCUCAAUGCUUGAAGCUAGUAAUCUUAUUGUUCUUAAGGAGUCAUCUAUUAUUCACUCCAAUGCUAAUCUAGGGGUGCACGGGCAAGGUUUGUUAAAUUUGUCUGGACCAGGAGAUUGCAUUGAAGCAGAACGCCUGGUUUUGUCGUUGUUUUAUAGUAUACAUGUUGGUCCUGGAUCUGUUUUACGUGGUCCUUUAGAGAAUGCCUCAACUGAAGCUGUGACACCAAAGUUGCAUUGUGAUCAGAAUGAUUGUCCAGUUGAACUCCUCCAUCCACCCGAAGAUUGCAAUGUGAACUCUUCACUGUCUUUCACUCUUCAGAUUUGCCGAGUUGAAGAUAUCCUUGUUGAAGGCCUCGUGAUAGGAUCUGUUGUUCAUUUCCAUAGAGCCAGAACUAUUAGUGUCCCUUCUUCUGGAACAAUAAGCACAACUGGGAUGGGUUGCAUUGGAGGUGUGGGACAAGGGACAUUUUCAGAUAGUGGUAUUGGCAGUGGUGGUGGGCAUGGUGGUAGAGGUGGAAUGGGAUGCUUCAAUAAUAGCUGCAUUGAGGGGGGUAUGUCAUAUGGGGAUGCUAAUUUACCUUGUGAGCUGGGAAGUGGGAGUGGAAAUGAAAGCCUAACUAGUGCAAAUGCUGGUGGUGGCAUUUUAGUGAUGGGUUCAUGGGAGCAUCCACUGGUAAGUUUAUCUGUUGAAGGUUCGGUUAAAGCUGAUGGAGACGGUUCUGGAGGACAGUUGAAAAGCAAAGACAGUUUCCAUCCUGGGGGAGGUUCUGGUGGAACAAUCUUACUGUUUUUGCAUUCCCUGGAUCUUGGUGAGUCUGGUGCUAUGUCUAGUGCUGGGGGUCAUGGCAGUGUUGGUGGAGGUGGUGGGGGGAGAAUUCACUUCCAUUGGUCAGAUAUUCCAACUGGAGACAUGUAUCAGCCCAUAGCUACUGUAAAUGGAAGCAUCCUGACCAGAGGUGGGAUUGGGGUGGACCAAUGUAAUGCUGGGGAAGCUGGAACCAUUACGGGGAAAGCUUGUCCAAAAGGUCUUUUUGGAGUAUUUUGUGAGGAAUGUCCAGCUGGCACAUAUAAGAAUGUAUCAGGAUCUGAUAGCUCUCUCUGUUUCCCAUGCCCUAGCAAUGAGCUUCCUCAUCGUGCUACUUAUGUUUUGGUCCGAGGCGGCAUUACUGAAACACCUUGUCCAUAUCAAUGUCUUUCAGAGAGGUAUCACAUGCCUCACUGUUACACUGCCCUUGAGGAGUUGAUGUACACAUUUGGAGGGCCUUGGCUUUUUGGUCUUCUCCUAUUGGGUCUCCUCAUUUUAUUAGCCCUGGUCCUCAGCGUUGCACGAAUGAAGUUUGUUGGGGUUGAUGAAUUACCAGGUCCUGGGCCCACACGGCAUGGCUCCCAAAUUGAUCAUUCAUUUCCAUUCCUGGAGUCACUUAAUGAGGUUUUGGAGACGAAUAGAGUUGAGGAGUCACAGAGUCACGUACAUAGAAUGUAUUUUCUGGGUCCUAAUACUUUUGGUGAACCCUGGCAUCUUCCUCAUACACCUCCUGAAGAAAUAAAAGAAAUUGUGUAUGAAGGUGCAUUCAACACAUUUGUAGAUGAGAUCAAUGCUAUAGCAGCAUAUCAGUGGUGGGAAGGAUCAGUGCAUAGCAUUCUAUGUAUUGUUGCAUAUCCUCUUGCAUGGUCGUGGCAGCAAUGGCGCCGUAGGAUCAAGUUACAACGUCUCCGUGAGUUUGUGAGAUCAGAAUAUGAUCAUGCUUGUUUACGUUCUUGUCGGUCCCGUGCUCUCUAUGAAGGGCUUAAGGUAGCUGCUACAUCUGACCUAAUGCUUGCAUAUAUGGACUUCUUUCUUGGUGGGGAUGAGAAAAGAAGUGAUCUACCUCCUCGUCUUCAUCAAAGGUUUCCUAUGUAUUUGCUGUUUGGAGGUGAUGGAAGUUACAUGGCUCCCUUCUCACUUCACAGUGACAAUAUCACCACUAGUCUUAUGAGUCAGGCUGUCCCACCUACCACAUGGUUCCGAUUUGUUGCUGGUUUGAAUGCCCAAUUACGCUUAGUACGUCGUGGUUGCCUCAGGUCGACGUUUCGGCCUGUUUUCAAGUGGCUGGAAACUUUUGCCAAUCCUGCUUUAAAGAUCUAUGCCAUACAUGUAGAUCUUGCUUGGUUUCAGACUACCACUGGUGGUUUUUGUCAAUAUGGGCUUGUGUUAGAUGCUGUUGAUGGAGAUACUGGACGUUUGUCUUUUCAAGACCUUGAUGGAGCUCUUAGGACUGGGCCUCAGUUACGCGGUAGCACUAUUAAUUGGGAAGUUCCAUCCAGUUUAACAGAAGAUUCAUUCUUUGGUCUGACUCGUAGAAGCAGUGAAAGUAAUGUCAGGCGGAAGAUUUAUGGUGGGAUUCUAGAUGUCAACUGCUUAAAGAAAAUUGAGGAGAAAAGAGAUAUACUUUUUGCGCUCUCUUUUCUAAUGCAUAACACUAAACCUGUUGGCCACCAGGAUCUUGUUGGUUUGGUCAUUUCAAUGCUACUUCUAGGUGAUUUCAGCUUAGUUUUGUUGACUAUGCUCCAGCUGUACUCAGUUUCAUUGGCCGAUGUCUUCCUCUUUUUGUUUAUUCUACCAUUGGGGAUCUUACUUCCAUUCCCUACUGGAAUCAAUGCUCUAUUCAGUCAUGGACCAAGACAUUCAGCCAGUCUUGCCCGUCUGUAUGCUUUGUGGAAUGUCACAUCCCUGAUAAAUGUUGUUGUUGCCUUUGUUUGUGGAUAUGUCCGUUACACCACCCAAUCAAGGAGAAAAAUUCCGUACAUUCAGCCUUGGAACAUGGAUGAAAGUGAAUGGUGGAUAUUUCCUUUUGCUUUGGUUUUGUGUAAAUGUAUCCAGUCGCAGCUUAUAAAUUGGCAUGUUGCAAAUUUGGAGAUUCAAGAUCGCUCUUUGUAUAGCACUGACUUCGAAUUGUUCUGGCAAUCAUGAUUUUUACAUGUUAACACCAUCCAGUUGUUGUUCGGUUCGUGUUGGUGCAUUUUCGUUUAACGUGGCCUCAGUGUAGAGUGUAGAAAUAGAAUGAUUAAUACAGGAGUAGAAAGGUAUUUAGCAAAAUGAAAGGAAAUUAGAAAAUGACGUAGAUAGAAAGAGAGAGAUAAAAGAGAUUGGCAUCAUGUGUGUAGCUGACCAUUUUUGAUGUGCAGCUGUAGCUUUUGCAAUGUAAAUGUAAAUGGAUAUGCGCAAGGAAUAGAUUUCUUCUAGUUGUUAAUUCUUUUCAAUUCCAGCAAGAGAGAGUCGUUCAUUCUACUUAAUAAUGCUAAUGAUUUAGUAUGGAUGUAUUGUAUUAUUGUCUUCCAGGCCAUCGAUUCAUACAUGGUUUUGUUGCCAUGCCAUCUAUUCAUAUAGAGUUGCUUUGCGGUGG